AUGGAGUCCAAAAUCGGGCGAAGGCUUUCGAGCCUGGAGGCCGAGCUGCUGCCCGCGGGGGAGCCGGUGGGUUCCGGCGUCCUCGCGCGCGUCGGGCGCCUGGAGGAGAUUUUGGAGGGUGCUCCCGGCAAUUCAGAGCUCGGCCUGGCGCGUCGACUGGAAAACCUCGAGGUGUUGGUUUUCGGUGCUGAGGGCGCGGAGGGCACGGCGGAGGCCGAGCCACAGGAGGAGUUCGAGGACCUGGGCCCGGAGCUUGGGGAGCCCCUGAAGGAGCCCUCCGGGCCGCCCCCAAAGAGGCUGAAGCCGUCACCUGUUCCUGCUCCGGCUCAGCCACCUUCGAGGCCCACGAGGCCUCGGCGAGGAGCUCCAGCUGUUCAACAUCCAGGUCACGUGGAUUUGCAGGCAUAUGCUCGGAGCUUUGGCCUCAACGACGAUGCGAUCAGAACCCUCCAUGAGCUUCCUCCUGAAAGCUUGGCCUACGUUCAGCAGAACUUUGAGCCGCGAGAAGGCACCAAGAACAUUUCGGCCCUUUUCAUCAGCUUUGCGAGGAAGUCUCACUUCAGUCGCACCGGCCAGCAGUUGGGUAGGCAGUCCGCGCAGGAGCGAGCACAGGGCUUGCUUGACGAGUUUGCGCAGAGGUGGGAGUUGAAUUCUGAUGCAGUAGCAUGGCUGCAGAUGAUCGAUGACCAGCUGGCUUUGGAGGAAGUCGUGGCGAGCUUCCACCCGAGCCCAGGCACCACGAACAUCUCUGCAAAGCUCAUCGGCUUUGCCAAGAGCGUUUAUUGGCGCAACACUGGGAAGCAGCUCAUGGACCCGAGGCAGUGGCACUAUGGGUGA